UCCAUCACCAGAUUUCUACAGAGAGAAGGCCGAUUGUGGUUUGUGCAUUGUGGCGACGACAGAUAAACCCGAAGAAGGAGGAGAGACGCGCAGAGGCCGUCUCGGUGUGCUUCUGUCAUCGUUUUGGGCCAGUCUUGGAGAGGUUUUCGGUAGCCGUGAAGAAGAAAUCGAAAGCGAAGAAGAAGAGGAAGAAUUAGAUUUGGAGAUGGCUUCAAGAGUUGUCGCUGCCCCUGAGCAACCCAUCGUUGGAGGAGGGAAGCAGAAGAAUCCUCAGCCGGAAGCGAGGAAGCGGAGGGUCUUGAGAGACAUCGGAAACUUGGUUCCGGCACCAGUGGCUGAGGGCAAGCCGCUGAAUCAGAUCAACCGUCCUGUAACGAGGAGAUUCAGUGCUCAGCUAUUGGCAAAUGGUCAAGUUCAAGACAAGAACAACUGCAAGAAACAGCAGGCGGAAAACCCCAACAUUCUAGUGGCAAAAGAUGGUGCUGCAAAAGCUAAUAGGGUCAUGAAUAGGAAGGAAGGUGUUGCUGUUGCUAAGCCAAAGAAUGAUGCAGUGAUAGCCAAGAAAUCUGCUAAAAGUCUCACUGCAAUCCUCACUGCUCGAAGCAAAGCUGCUUCUGGAGUGACUAAGAAGCUGAAGAAUCUGAUAGACAUCGAUGCAGUUGAUGCGGAUAAUGAAUUGGCAGCAGUGGAGUAUGUUGAGGAUAUGUACAAAUUCUAUAAGCAAACAGAGGAAGAUGGCAGAGUUCAUGAUUACAUUGACUCACAGCCAGAGGUUAACUCUAAAAUGAGAGGCAUUCUGGUUGAUUGGUUGAUUGAAGUUCACAAGAAGUUUGAACUGGUGCCGGAGAGCCUCUACCUCACCAUCAACAUAGUGGACCGGUUUCUUGCAGUGAAGACUGUCCCGAGAAGGGAGCUUCAGUUGGUGGGCAUGAGUUCGAUGCUGAUUGCUUGCAAGUACGAGGAGAUAUGGGCACCGGAGGUGAGCGACUUUAUAGCCAUAUCGGAUAAUGCUUAUGUGAGGGAGCAAGUGCUUUUCAUGGAGAAGGCUAUUCUUGGGAAGCUGGAGUGGUACCUGACUGUUCCAACACCUUACGUGUUUCUGGUUCGAUACAUCAAAGCAUCUGUCCCUUCUGAUAAGGAGCUGGAGAACAUGGUGUUCUUCUAUGCUGAACUUGGCUUGAUGAGCUACGCAACGAUCAUAGAGCAUAGUCCUUCAAAGAUUGCGGCUUCUGCUGUAUAUGCUGCACGUUGUGCGCUUAACAGAAGCCCUUCGUGGACUGAGACACUCGAGCAUCACACUGGCUACUCUGAGGGUCACUUGAUUGAGUGUGCGAAGAUGCUGGUCAGUUUCCACUUCGGAGCAGCAGAGAACAAGCUCAAGGCUGUGUAUCGGAAAUACACAAAUCCAGAGAGAGGAGCUGUUGCACUCAUUCCUCCUGCCUGUGCUCUCAUUCCAGUUCCAUUUUGAAUUUGCUGCUAAAUACAACCGUUUACUAUAUUAGUAAUUUCAAGUCAAAUUAGAGAUCAUUUGACUGUACUGAUGAAUGAAUUAAUUCAAUUUAUGUUUCUAAGCAAAGCCAA